CUUCUACGAACUUCGACCGCACCGGCAUCGCUCCCCAGCUGGCACCCCAUUGAAAGUAUCCAGCAUGGCCAACUCCACCGCGUUGCGCGCCUUCCGCUCCGUCUGCGCGUCAUGUCGCACCUCGCUCUCUACCAAGACCCCUGCGCUCGCGCGACCCCUCUCCCAGAGCCAUGCGCUCGCCGCUCUCAAAGGAGAAUCCCUCAUGGACAAGAACCUCGCCGCCAUCGACCAGAACAUGUUCAGCCGUGCGAACUCGCUAGGAAGCGUGAUCCCGAACAAUCCCAACGCAGAGUUCGGUAAUCUGGCCAAGGGGGAGUGGGAAGAGGACAACCGACACCACCUCCACAUCUACGCGCACAAACACAACACACACAUCACACUUACCGAUCCGUCGCGCAACCCCAUGGUCUCGGUCUCGUGUGGAAACAUUGGGUUCAAGAAGGCUGGACGCGGCACCUACGACGCAGCAUAUCAGCUUGCAGCUUUCGUCAUGUUGAGAAUAAAGGACAUGGGCUGGCUGCCAAAGAUCAAGAAGAUUGAGCUGGCGUACCGUGGCUUCGGCAAAGGACGAGAGGCUGUGACAAAGGCGAUAUUGGGAAGCGAAGGAAAGGAUAUACGGCCGCUGAUCAACAAGCUCUCCGACUCCACGCGGUUGAAGUUUGGUGGAACGAGGAGCAAGAAGCCGAGGAGAUUGGGUUAAGCCGGAGAGGAUGGGAAACACUUGUAUAUUGGCCUGGGCGGUUUUCAGCCAUGUCACUCGUGGUGGAGGAUACCUGUACUAUAUCGCAUCACUGGAGUACAGGCACAUUGUAGCAUAUGAACAUUGUAUCAACAGCCGGGCACAUGAAGCAAGCAGAUGCCCACAGAUG